AUGCGCGAUUCAGGUGAAGUACAUUUGUUUAUACACAUCAUUUCGCCUAGAUUUCUUGCGGUGGCGAUUGGACCUCCUGGGAAUGGCGGUAUCUUGCAGUAUCGGGGAGAUAACCUUUGUUUCCGACGUCAUAAAUCGGAUCAAAUAUCGCCUACAGGCAAAACCACAGAUACAAACCAAGCCAUUCCCAUUGUAUUGGUCCAUGGAUUUGGUUCUGGAUCUGCUCUUUGGUGUAAAAACAUUGAUGCGUUCGCCUGCUAUCGCCCUGUGUAUUCACUUGAUGUUCUCGGAUUCGGACGAAGCUCUCGACCUCCUUUCCCAGUCGACGCCACUGCAGUAGAGGAAAAAUGGGUCGAGUCUAUUGAGCAGUGGAGAUCAUCGUUAAACCUGGAGAAGUUUAUUUUACUUGGCCAUAGUUUGGGUGGUUUCCUAGCUUGUUCUUAUGCACUUACUCACUCCAACAGGAUUGUUCAUUUGAUCCUAGCAGAUCCUUGGGGUUUUGUCGAGGAUCCUUUAAAAGUUAAAGAUCAGUCGAAUGUAGGUGCAGCUCAAGCAUGGAUAUUUUCAACUUUCCGUCAAAUAUUCCGUCCCUUUAAUCCUUUAUCCUUUCUUCGUGCUGCCGGGCCUUUCGGGCCUAGCCUUAUCCACUAUUUCCGUCAGGAUCUAAGAGGGUUUUUCGAUCAAAGACCCAUUCGCGUGGAAGAGAUGACAGAAAUACCUCGAGCAGAACAACUUGAAUCGACCCAGAAUUUUUCUUACGAUAAUCACAUUCAGUCAACUAAUGGUGAGGAUGAUGUUUUCAAGCCUCCAUCACCGAUCCACAGAACGAUGAAGACUGGGGAGACCGUCUAUGACAAAUCAAAUUCCAAUACAAUGGAUUCUAUUGAUUUAAACGAUUUGGAUGGGUCUGUAGCUUUGGAUUACGUCUAUCAUAUUAACUGUCAGCAUCCAAGCGGUGAAACAGGAUUCAAGUCAUUAUGUAGUUCAGUUGGAUGGCCUCAACGCCCAAUGUUAGACAGAAUUAGUCAACUCGAUCCCAAUGUUCCUGUCACCUUUAUAUAUGGUUCUCGAUCAUGGAUGGAUUUAUCAUCAGGAUAUAGAACUCGUGUAUUACUUCCUAAUUCGUACGUAGAUGUAAAGGUAAUCGAAGGAGCCGGACAUCAAGUGUAUGCUCAGAUGUCUGAAGAAUUCAAUGCUUAUGUAAAUAUGAUUGGACAACGCGUUGACAAUGGUGACUCAUUUACUCCGGGAGUUUAUAAUCCAAAUCCAGACUCUAAAAGAACAAUAUGCUUUAAUGGUACGAAUAAAACCAAUGAAAAUAUAGAGUCCCGUGGUAACAACACUUCGAUAAAGGGACAUAAUAGCCGGAUUCGUCAUAAGCGUUCGUCUUGUUCAUCACUUCAGGGAGAUACUUCAAUGCUAGCUCAAUCUAAUCGUUAUAUUCAAAACAGUAAGCAUGUUUUUCCAAAUGAAGAAGCAAGUGACGAAGCAUCUGAUUAACUUUCUUCACUCAAUGAAACCUAUUUUGCCAUUAAUUAUGUAAUUUUUCGUCACAUUGAGGUUUGUGUCGCUAAAUAACAAGCUGUGACCUGAGUUUUAUGAAACCGUAAAGUAUUUAAAGUACUCAUGACAUAAAAUACGAAAACAGCAAUACAAUUCUCAUAAUUGUUUCAGCCUUUCUAGUUCAAAUAAACUAUCAAGAGACCAUAACAUUUAGUGUUUUUGUCUUCCAGUCUCAUCACUGCUCUCCUCAUUUCAUGUUUUUACUUUUGAUAUCUUUCAUUUGAUUAAAAUUCAGCUUUCACUAUUUUCUCAUAUAACUGAUCCUGAUAACCUAAUCAGUUUGACAGGUGAAAUUUGCUGCUCGAUACUAAUAAUAAUCAUAAGAUAAAUAAGAUUCACAAACAUUUAUUGUUUAAUUUAGGUACCUAUAAAGUAAUUUGUGAUAAAGAGGAGGUUGAUUCCGAAUAAUCGUUAUCUUUUGUCUAGAAUUAGCAUCUUACAGGGUGUAAAUUAUUUCUCUGAAUCCCCUCUCUCUGAUUGGUUGAAUCAAAAGGUUUCUAUGUCAUUAAUAAUGACUACCCAGAAAAAUUCAUUUCUCAUUUAUUUAUUUAUUAUUUUUUACGGUACUUUUGCUUUUUACUUAAAAUUUAUUUUCCUCCUUAUGUAUUUUUAUGAUUUGAUAACUACUUUUUAAUUUGAUUGCUGUUGCAAUAAUUAAUUAUAUCGUUGAUGCUUAACAGUUUUUCUUUGUUAUGAUGUGUUGGCCUUCAGAAUUGUGAUUCAGAGCCAGACAGGAUGAGUUUGUAAGCAUCUAUCAGUUCUGUAGACGCCACCGAAAUCCACUAAUUUUUCUUAACCCUUUGGUUUAGGUUACUAGUAGGUAUCGCUGCUUUUGGAUAUCACAUCAAGCUACAUCAGAUUGGAUACCACUUUCACGGUUGAACA